AGAUUAUCUUCAUCUCAUGUUGUGUAGAGAUGUAUCUUCACAGUUCCAUGCAGUUAUCGAAAGUGUGGAAGGAAUCGUAAAUAUCUUGCAGAGUAUAAACACGUUGCUUAAUCCUCUAAUUGGCGGGCCGAAUUCAAAAUUGUGUGCCACAAACAUUGCCAAUUUGAACGCCUUCCGAGUGAAGCUUCGUGAGCAAAUCGACGGGCUCCGGAUGAUGGCCGCAAAUGAUAGUAACGUGAGCCGAGUGAAAUUGAGCUUCAUAUCAAAGCUCAAUGUAAUUCUUCAAGGGCAACCAUUAAGGACCAUCUGCCUGACAUUGGAAAACGUCUUGAUCAGAGCCGACGAGGAUGAAAUUUGUCGAUACGGUCAGCUGGCGAGCACCUUGUUGCAGCAGAUCACAGAGCUGCAAAAUGAUUAUGAGAAAGAGAAUUUGCUGUUUGAAAAUGAGGCUAAGAAACGACUCGAGAGCACUCUUCAGAUAAAUAAAUCUCGGCUCAGAAUUGAAAAUGCAAGGACCGUCUUUGAGAAGUUACGUCCAUUACUGAACUCAUUCAAUGUGAUCAGAAAUCAUCUUGAUACAAUUUCAAGCCAUUGUUGCUCGUUUUACGGGGAAACUCCACGUGUUGCAGUUGGGGAGCUGGAUACAAAUUUUCAAGCAAUUCAAGUUGAAGUCGAGCAUUUCGAGAUGAUCCUGAACGAUUUCAAUUGUUUUGUGGAUUACUUGUCGCCGGAACUAUUUAAUUCAUGUUCUGGUAUCGCGUCCAAAAUGGAACAUCUCAUCACUGAACGGGAAAUUAAAUUAAUUUGCAAUAACCUGUCCAAUGCGAUUUUUGAUCAAAACAACGACGUGAUCCUACGUUUUGGGAAUAUGACAAAAGUGCUCUACAAGGAUUUUUCUGCAUUGAGAAUAAACAUUGGAAAAGAGCUGAAAAAUAUGAAACUGGAGCACGUCGUAAAGCCUAAUACUAUGAUGAAUGAGCAUGUUUAG